AUGGAUCCUCUAUCCGCUCUUUCUGUGGCGUCGGGCGUAGUGGCCUUUGUUGAUUUUGGCGGAAAGCUGAUCUCUCGCUUCUCCGAGAUCAAGAACUCCGCCAACGGCCAGCCGAUGACGAUAGCUAAUUUGGAUGAAUCCGCCAGAGAUCUCUCGUCUGUAGCUACAGAGGCAAAGAAAAAGUAUCAGGAUCUUGCAUCGCAUUAUCCUAGUCUGUCCGAGUCGUUUGCCCGGCUUCAUGGCGAAUGCGUCGAGGCGGAAACUCAACUCAAGUCGCUGCUGGAGACGGUGACGGCCAAGGUGCACAGUAGUAAACUGCGCAGACUCGACUCGAAUGCUCGUGCCGCUAUUCGGGCCAUGUGGUCGGAGACAGAGGUGAAGGAGUGGAAGGAAAAGCUCGACAGGAUCCGGAGCCAGAUCAUGAUGAAUGUCUUGAUGUGUAUUUGGGAGGAUGCAAAAAAGGCUCGGGAGCGAACAGAUAGCGCUGAUGGGGCUGGGACUUUGGUAGAGGUCGUGGGCCGGAUUGAAACUACGAUGAAUGCUCUGCAAGACGACUUCCAAAAGAUCUCAGCUGGUAGAAAUCUGACAGACUCUUCGAGCGCCCAGGCAAGAUUCGAUGAUGCACUGUGGGCCUCGAGUGGACUACUAGAUCUGCCUGAUGGUCGUGAUCAACAGCCCCCUCCGGCCAUCACGGACAAAGCUGCAAUAUCGAAGACGAUUCUCAAAAGCCUCGCUUUUGAAGACAUGGCGGAUCGGGGCGAGAGGAUCGCCACCCCCUAUCCGAACACCUUCCAAUGGCUAUUCCGAGACGGUGACUUUACGCAGUGGCUGAAGUCGGACAACGAGGAGCCAUUCUGGAUCACCGGCAAACCAGCAUCAGGAAAGAGCACUCUGAUGAAGUUCAUCUCCACGCACCCGGACCUCGAGAGCAACCUCUGCCAGUGGACCGGUGAUUCCCAGCUGCAUCUGGCCACGUUCUUCUUCUGGGGUCCAGGGUCGAAAAUUCAGAAAUCACGCGUUGGUCUCCUGCGGUCACUGCUCUUCCAGCUUCUCUCGCAGCAGCCGGAUCUGUGCGACUUUGUUGCGCCCAGAAGACGAGUCUUUUUCAAUCUUGCUGGUGCCCAUGCAGCAUCACCGGAGUGGCAGUGGCCAGAGCUACGAGAGUGCCUGCUGAGAUUUGCAUAUAAGAUCCAAGGCAAGUCACGGCUGGCGCUCUUUAUUGACGGACUCGACGAGUAUGAUGGAAACCACGAUGAGCUCGUCGCGUUUCUCAAGCAGCUGCAUCGAGAUUACAACCCCAAGCUUUGUGUCUCCAGCCGACCUUGGAAUGUGUUUGCAGACGAAUUCCGGCACAGUCCGUCGCUGAAAAUGGAGGAGCUCACGAAACCCGACAUUGAUGUAUACAUUCAGCAGCAUCUGGGGAGCAACCUUGCCAUUCAAGAGCUGCGCCAAUUGGAGCCAGAUAGUAUCAACGAUUUGAUGGCGGAAAUCAGAGACAAGGCCGAAGGAGUGUUCUUAUGGGUCGUUCUUGUCGUUGAACAGCUUCUCGAGACUGCUCGGGACUGUCCGAGUCUUCUGGCCAUUUGGAAAGUAUUCAACGCUCUCCCUCGAGGCCUGGAAGAGCUAUACGACACUAUCCUACGAACAAUCGAACCAUCAAAACGGGAAAUGGCAUCUAGGCUGUAUCAGCUGGUCAUGGAGUGGAAGCGGACGUGGAACGGUCAAAUCCAGGCAACCUUUCUCUGGUUUGCCAUCGACUACGUGGAUCCCCUCCAGAAGAUGUCCUAUCCUGAAGUGAAAAAGGAACAGUUGAUUCUGCCCCUCAUCACCAGACUGCUGGCCGGGCAUACAAAGGGCAUCUUGCAGAUCUCUACAGAUCCAUCGCGUCCGAAAUCCCCGACUGUCGACUUCCUCCAUCGGACGGCCUUUGACUGGCUGUGCACACAGGGCAACUGGGCCUUGAUAUGCUCGCAAGGACCGGCUGGAUUCCAGGCCAUUAUCACCAUAGUUGCUUCCCUGGUCAGUCACCUUCGAUCCUUGGGACCACCAAGUAAGGAUAAUGCCGGAAGUCUCGAACUGCGCCAGCAGUGCAUCUUUCGCAUACUGAAAGUCUCUGGGGAAAUUGAGAACACGGCAGAGAAUAGAGCCAGGCUAUUGACCAUCUUGGACCAAAUCGAGGUAGAGCAGCUUUUGCCUCUUGACCUAGAUCCCAUGUUCCGGGAUACAUCCAUUUCGGCCAGCGACAGAACGAUUCCUCAUGGCAUGGCAGCCCUCGCUGCAUCCUGGUCCUGCCUCCCAUAUCUGCAGGCAAAGUGCGACGCGAGUCCCUUUAUUCUUCAGGACAAGCGCAGGUCGAUAUUAACACGGUUCUCGAAGGAACCGGCACCUGUUUCCGUUCUUGAAGCAUCGAUAUUGGGAGGGACGUCUAGCCCUGCCCGCAGUACGGGUCUCUGCCGGUUCAACGAAGCAAGAUCAUUUACAAAGUGGCGUACAUGUCAGCGGCUAGACACUGUGAGGUUUCUCCUCGAAAGGAAUGUCAGGCCAGACAGCGCAUUGAAAAAGUCCGUCAAAGAACUGGCCCCAAAAGCGGUUAAUGUCAGGCGUGAUCGAAAUGAAGACGAGAGGUCGUUCGAGCUCGAAUACUGGUUUCUCAUCGCCAGCAUGUUUGAGUACCGCUCCAAUCUGGUAGCGACUGAUAGGGAAAAACGAAAACUCUUGCCAGAAGUCGAAGAGGCUCGACGGAAAGAGGAAUUCCCAGACUUUGAAAUCGAUCUUCAGUCCCGCUUUCAUUCCGCGAGUUACGUGGUGGAUAGAUGGGAUCUGGUCAGAUGA